AGAAGUGGUGUCGUAAUUCGUCACGUGACCGCGUGUCCCCGCCCCCUCCCCCAGCUGCCUCUAGGCUCUGAGAAGAUGGCGAAGGUGUCAGAGCUUUACGAUGUCACUUGGGAAGAAAUGCGAGAUAAAAUGAGAAAAUGGAGAGAUGAAAACUCAAGAAAUAGUGAGCAAAUUGUGGAAGUUGGAGAGGAAUUAAUUAAUGAAUAUGCUUCUAAGCUUGGAGAUGAUAUUUGGAUCAUAUAUGAACAGGUGAUGAUUGCAGCUCUAGACUAUGGUCGAGAUGACUUGGCAUUGUUUUGUCUUCAGGAGUUGAGAAGACAGUUCCCUGGCAGUCACAGAGUCAAGCGACUAACUGGCAUGAGAUUUGAAGCCAUGGAAAGAUAUGAUGAUGCAAUACAGCUAUAUGAUCGAAUUCUACAUGAAGAUCCAACUAACACUGCUGCAAGAAAGCGUAAGAUUGCCAUUCGAAAAGCCCAGGGAAAAAAUGUGGAGGCCAUUCGGGAACUGAAUGAAUAUCUGGAACAAUUUGUUGGAGACCAAGAAGCCUGGCAUGAACUUGCAGAACUUUAUAUCAAUGAACAUGACUAUGCUAAAGCAGCCUUUUGUUUAGAGGAGCUUAUGAUGACUAAUCCACACAACCACUUAUACUGCCAGCAAUAUGCUGAAGUUAAAUAUACCCAAGGUGGACUUGAAAACCUUGAACUUUCAAGAAAGUAUUUUGCACAGGCAUUGAAACUGAACAACAGAAAUAUGAGAGCUUUGUUUGGACUUUACAUGUCGGCAAGUCAUAUUGCUUCUAAUCCAAAAGCAAGUGCAAAAACAAAAAAGGACAACAUGAAAUAUGCUAGUUGGGCAGCUAGUCAAAUAAACAGAGCUUAUCAGUUUGCAGGUCGAAGUAAGAAGGAAACCAAAUACUCUCUUAAGGCAGUCGAAGACAUGUUGGAAACACUGCAGAUUACCCAGUCUUAAUGUUUCAAAAAUUCUUUCACAUUACAUUUUACAAUUGCACGAUUGAACCUAUUGGCUUGACUUAUUUACUAAAUGCCCAGUGCUAUUUAUAUGCUAAUUUCCUGUUAAGGCAGUUGUAAAGAAUAUGUUUAUAUAAACCUAAAAAUUCCUUUCAUUGCUAAGCAGAAAGAUCAGGAAGGUCCAUAGAAGAAGGAUUUUAGAGUCUUAUUGAUUGUACAGCAUUCUCUUAAUAUCACACUGCUUUUAAACCAUAAUCUGCUGUAGAAAUAACCUAAUUAAAUAAACCAUGAUGAUUUAUUAAACUUGCA